AUGCAAAAGAGGCAUCGUUCACUGUUCACAUGCCUUGUGCACACGAGGAGGAGUGAGAAGAAGACCUUGGAGGAGCAGUCGCAGGGCCGCAAGUUGGACGUGGAGAUUGAGAGGUUGGAGAAGGAACUAAAGCAGAAGGAGGAGACGAGAGAUAUGGAGCAGGGGAAGAUUGCCAAGAUGGAUUUCCUGGAGCACGUGAUCCAAGAUAGCCAAGACCAAGAGUUCGGCGACGACAUCGAAGAGAAGCUUCCACUCUUUGCAGCCCUUGGCCGGCUGAACAAGAAGGGUCCUUUUCAUUUGGUAGAGAUGAAGGCGUUGGAGCUGAAGCCGCUUUCAAGCCUACUACCUCCGGAGUGGAACCCCUUGGCGAAGAAGCCACUUCGGGACUGGUUGUUGCCUUCCCCCGAACAUGAAGAUGAAUGGGAGGAACGGGUGCAUGCAUGUAGCUGUCGCUAUCGCCGGAUCAAAGAGGCCAUAGAUCGGGGUGAGGCUUCAGCACCGCUCGACAUGCGCUACAUCAAGAAAACAUUGGACAAAUCUCCUGAAGCGACUGCAGAAUGCAUAAGCUUCCUGGAAUCUAUCUACCAAAGCGUGGCAGAAACACUGCCAGACACCAGGAGUGAGGAUGACAUCGUGGCAGCUGUGAAGUUGCAGGAAAAGGGAGGUUCUGACCUCUUAGUUGAUGUCGACAACCAGUUUUGGGCACGAGCGCCUGAAGAUCCCAAGGACAUCAUCUUGCUGAUGCUUGGUUUGAAGUUCUUCAACCCGGAGCCUCAAGCAGCAUGGCAAGCAAAUGGGCAGCACAUCACUCAAUACUUUAACCAAGCGAAGCAAACCUUGGUCUAUGACAUCGCCGCGCAGUCUGAUGAGUCCAUUCUGAUGAAUCCUAGGAAAACAUACUGCACCGCCUCCUGCUUGGACACUGCCGGCCCGUGCUUAGCUCGACCCUGGCAGCUAAGCUGGAGACCGGACUUUGGCUUGGCUGGAUGCAGUGAGCCGGAUCAGCUUUUGCUGCUUUCGGAGCUUAUCUUGUCGGAGUCGUACUUUGGCUCCACCAUUUCACAUCGCCUUUGUGAAGGGCUGGCGGAGAUGUUUGGCACUGUUGGGGAUCUGUCAAGCAAUCCGGGAGACAGCUUUGCAACCAUCUACUGCACGGUCGUCAAGUUUGACUCCAUGCGAGGAAUCACCCUCCAGGCAACCCAAGUCCGUCGAGCACCUCACUGCUUUAACCUCCUUCGACAACUCCGCGUGCUGCAGAAAAGCAAUGACUGGGAGAGUGAGACCUCUAUUUGCAAAGCCUUUGCUAUCGGCAAGACCGAGAGCAAAGCGGUCGUGCAGCUUUGCACUGGGAUGAACACUACCAUCCGCGAGAAAUUGGAGGAGGCUGUGAGGGUGAUCAAUGACUUCAAGAGAAGCCCACCGGACAUCCGAAAGCCACUGAACUAUAAGGAUGCUCUUGGAAAACAUCAGGUGUGUGGCGCCUACAUCCACUUCAAAGCCAUGAUGCAGUCCACGUGUCCAGAGGGCGAAUGGGCCGACCUCUCCAAGGAGUUGGACACAGCUUUCUACGACCAGUUUUUGGACGCUGACCUUUUGUCGGCUUUGCAAAGCUCCGUUCCUCCGGGUGAUGUCGGGGCUAUUGGUGCGAUGAGGGCCCACCUUGCCAAGUUUAACAAAAUGCACAGCGCUGAGAUGGACAAAAAGGAGGAGGAAGCAGCCCGUGAGGUGAUCGCAGCCACCUUCAAGCAGCUGAGCGCUCAGCUGGACCAUGACAUGUCCAUUCUUGAGCAGAAGGUUCUUAAGUCCAAAGCUCAAGAGGCAGCAGCUGCAGUGCAAGAUGCAAAGUUUCUCAGAGAUCGGCAGCAGUACACUGUGGUGGGCUUGGACACAACAUUGUGGCCGAGCAACGCUGCCUACUUGGGAGCUGCUGUGAAUGCCACUUGCAGCAUCGUCAACAUGUCACAGGACAACAUUUGUCACUGUCAGCUUCCCCAACUUCAGAGUUCGACCAAUGCCGCCACAGUCCUGAAGCACAAGAGGACCCUGGAGGACAACCUCAUCGGCCAAAAACUCGAUGUUGGGAACAUGGUGGUUCUCAGGUUCACCAAGCCAGAGUCGCAAAGGAAUGAUUCCAGAAAGCCAUCCCAAGCUUGCAUUGCAGCGCACAGUGCCAACUUCAAGGUAAGCAGCUUUUGCGAGUCGGACCCCAUCCGGUCAUCUACGAUUGGACCAGCUCCACUCAUCAAGACUUCCCAAAUGCUCGGCUAUGAUAUGGAGGAUGGCAGCAUGAGCGCUGGCUUGAGAACCGAGCAGAGUCUUGCCCGGCCCAAGAGCAGAUUUUGGGUUCCAAGGAAAGGGUUGCCGAUCCAUGUGGAAAUUUUGAAGUCCUACGCAAAUGGCCUUGGCUUGCGCGAUGCUGACCACUAUCUGUGGGUUGACAUCAUCCCCAACAGGCACUGUGAGUUUGCUCGUGCUGCGGCGGAGUGCAUUUUGGACAAGACCCUCCCACAGCUUCGUUACAUAGGCUUUGUGAAGAAGGAGUUCUUAGCUAAAGUGCAGGAGGCAAUCUCGGCUACUGUGUAUCAACACUGGGAUGAUAGCACGGAGUCGGGACCAAAGACCCGCCCACAGGAAGCUGAGAGCAGUGAGCCACUUGGGUUCAAGGUUCUCAGCAUGUCCGCUAAUGGUGACAUCACGUGGCCAGACUCCGUGACAACACGAUUCCCUCCAGACACCUCUGAGUUCAAGGCUCUUGACGCCAGGCGCCAGAAGUUCUUGGAGCUAUGUCCUGCGCACGGCACACCAGCCCGAGUCGGGGAGGCAAGUGUUUCAAGGUCAUCUGCGAGACCAGACUACAGCAUUGACAAUGGUGCGGAGCCUUUGGAUACAACCCGCUUGUUGGACUUGCCCGGCGUGCCAACUGCUGAGUUUACAGCCCAGAGGCAGUUGAUGGAGAGGACCAUGCCUGCACCAUUUCGGUACAACGUGCAGCCGGUGAACAUGGGCACUGGUGUGCCUCCCAAAGUGAUGCCGGUAAAGCCAAAACUCUGGCUACUUUGCAACUUGGAGAUGGCUGGAAAAACUUGGUACCAGCUCACCUCUUGUGGGAGCAAGAUCGGGAACCCGUACUGCUACACCAAUGGCACUUGGGCCUUCAAAGUCGAUGGCAGCGAAGCGGUCCGAGUUGGUGGUUCGAAGUACGACAAGGAUGCGGUCAAAGAGAUAAUCGCCUCCUACUCAGUGAUGAUGUUGGAGAAGCUAGAUGGUGGCAACAAGCCAUGUGCCAAAGUGCUUCCCAGGAAGAAGACGUUGGAUCUGAUGAUCCCACCACCACCAACCCCUGAAGAUGAGAAGGGUGGAGACCAAACGAAGGAGGGUGCCGAUGAGGCCGAUGAGCCUGAUCAGGGGGAGAAUGCGGAAGAAGAGGAGGUGGAAGAUGAUCCUGAAGAGAUCUGUGCUGAUGAGUCGUCAUGUUACCUUGGAAGCAGGCAGCCAGGACACACCCGCCGCACCGGUCGCUUGCGCUUCGCCACACCGGUCGAGCGGCGGCUCCGCGGCGCGGCACGGGGGACCUUCCGCGAGGAGCUCAACCAGGCGAAUGAGGAGUUGGUGCUGCGGCUGGAUCGCCUGCGGGAGGAGUUCACGCGGAUCCACACGAAACUGCCCGGGGAGCACAGUGGAAGCGCGGGGUGGGUCCGGAGAACGGGAGAGAUCAGGCAGAAUGAGCACUUGGCCAUUAGCAGUCAGCUUCACAAGUGCCAGGUGGAGCUGGAACAACACUUGGCUGAAAGCCAGGAGCUGGAACAGAGGCUCAACCGCGCACUGGAAGAGAAGGAGUUGAAAGAGAGCCAGGUGGGUGUGAUCACCAUGGCCAUCGAGCAGCUCUUCUCGCGAACGGUGAACUCCUGUCGUUUGCCCCAGCGGAAGAAGGUUGUGAGUUUCAUGCGAAGUGGACGCCUCGAAGAUCAGACACCGAAGCGGUGGUUGGAAGAUUUUUGUAGCUGCCGCAAGAACCCAGACGCCACCGACAUCAAGUUCGCGCCAGUGCGCGGUGACAAGGGCGAGAGCCGCCUGGAGGAGAUGUUCAAGCAGAUCAUCGAGCGAGUGGAAGAUCUCCAGGCCGAGCUUGCGAAGUUCUUUGGCGGCGGAGUGGGACGGUGGCGGCUGUGGUGA